AUUGCCUAGAAUUGUUUAUGGUUCAGUCUGAGCCACUAUUUUUCCAUUUUACAGAGCCAGGACUGUGUGAACACAAGUUUUUUGAGCGCACACACUGAAUGGACAACUAGAGGGCAGUGAGGAUCAAGUCGCUGAAAUUGUCAAAAAGCCCAUUGGAUUACAAUCGCAGACUGUUCCUUUUAAUCUCCUUCAGAGUGGCCUUCAACCAAACAUUCUUGCCUGACGCCGACGUCCUUUAGGAGGUAAUACAAUAUCACUGUGGCCACAAGAGGGCGGCACUUGCGUAGCAGAUUCCAUAGGUUGCACAUCAGUUUUGGAAUAGUGUUGCAAGUUUAGAAGACGAACCUGAUGGCCUAGUUUUCUGGAUUUGUGAACACAUUUGCUUCCUUGCAAGACUAAAGCCGUGAUUGGCUGUGUAUAAAACAGACUGGAUGGAAUUGGGGGAAAACGUGACUAAUACCGGAGAUGUUUGGUAAUGUAUUGUGGUGAUAUUGCUAUGUGAUGUUUUGGCCCUGAUUACAAUUUCCUGAAAUAAAAACAGAAAUGACUAAAUCCUAGUGGUUAUACAGGUAUAUCUCGACUGUGUUGCAGGUUACAUAUAUUGUAUAUCCGUUAUAAUAUAGCAGAUUGCGUCCAAAUGAAAUGCUCAGCCCUUGUCAUUUAUACCCCCUCACGUUUGGGGCGUGGAGGGAGCGGUUAGAUGGGGUACAGUAGGCCUAACAAGUCUCUGCCACAUGAAGGCGGUAGUUGGCGCCCUCAUCUGGUAAUGGCACAACGCACGUCCCCUUGCGUCAUGCGAGGGUGACGGUAAAAGAAGCAGGAGCCGCAAACACCGCUGUGAACGGCGAGCCACACCGACGCACUGACAGCCCAGCAUUGCACUCAAGACGUUACUGCACAGAGUCCAAUAGAGGAGACGCACAGAUAUGGCGGGGUUUCGCUGAGAAAGAAAAAAAUCUAAGCGAUAUUGUUCCUCGACGGUUUGCUCGGACGACCACCUCCUCUGCCCUUAUGUUCUGCUGCGGUGGGGAGAAAGGGCAGCGUUGAAAGACUUGGUUGAGAGCGAGAGAAAGAAGAAAGGACGAGAGUGAUUUUAAAACGGACAAUGGCGGACCGCGAUGCGCUGCCCCUUCCUUUGGAGGUGCGAGCCAGAUUAGCUGAGUUGGAGCUGGAGUUAUCGGAGGGUGAUAUCACUCAGAAAGGCUAUGAAAAGAAGAGGGCAAAACUACUCGGGGCCUACCUGCCACAGCCUUCAGGAAUGGAGGCGUCUAUGGCGCACGAGCGCAGACCUCCCAUGGCCCCGUCCGCUGCCUCCCGCUACCACCGCCGGCGUUCCUCUGGCACCCGAGAUGAGCGCUACCGAUCAGACGUGCACACAGAGGCCGUGCAGGCUGCGCUGGCCAAACACAAGGAGCGCAAGAUGGCCGUGCCCAUGCCCUCCAAGCGCCGCUCGCUGGUGGUCCAGACCUCCAUGGACGCCUACACCCCCCCAGGCCUCUCUCCUCUCUCCUCUCUGCCCCCCCUGACAGACACGUCCUCGGGCUCGGAGGAGGAGGGCGGCGGCGGCCAGGGCGAGGGCACCCCCACCUCCAGCCAGGGCAGCGUCAGCAUGGAGCACUGGAUCAGCCGCGCCAUCCACCAGGGCUCCACCACCUCCUCCUCCUCCUCGUCCACGCAGAGCGGGGGCAGCGGGGCCGCCAGCCGGCUGGCCGACGUCCUGGCGCAGACGCACGUCGGUAAAUCAGGGCCUAUAGGGCACCUCUCGCUCAAGAGGAAGACCCUGCUCGGGGUUGCGGAGAAUGGCCACUCGCUGCGGCGCUCCUGUGAGUUCGGAUCCGAUCUCCUCUGGCCGCCACCCUUGGAGUCGGAUGAGAACCACUCGGCCCCUCCGGACGUCACUACCUACACCUCCGAUCAGCCGACUCAGGUGGAGAGGCCGCAUGUGUCCACGGUCCCCAGAACCACACCCAAAUACGGCAAUGCUGAGCUCAUGGAGACCGGAGAUGGAGUUCCAGUGAGCAGUCGUGUGUCCGCUAAGAUCCAGCAGCUAGUGAACACCCUCAAGAUGCCCCGGCGACCCCCCCUCAGAGAGUUCUUCGUUGACGACUUUGAAGAACUCCUAGAAGUCCAGCAGCCGGACCCCAACCAACCCAAGGCAGAGGGGGCCCCGAUGUUGACCAUGCGCGGCGAUCAGCUGGGGGUGGUGACCAACUGGCCCCCGUCCCUGGAGGCCGCCCUGCAGCGCUGGGGCACCAUAUCGCCCAAAGCCCCCUGCCUCACCACCAUGGACACCAACGGCAAGCCUCUCUACGUCCUCACCUAUGGGAAGCUUUGGACCCGCAGCAUCAAGGUGGCCUACAACAUCCUGCACAAGCUGGGCACCAAACAAGAGCCCAUGGUCCGGCCUGGCGAUCGCGUGGCCCUCGUGUUCCCCAACAAUGACCCCGCCGCCUUCAUGGUGGCGUUCUACGGCUGCCUGCUGGCGGAGGUGGUGCCCGUGCCAAUCGAAGUGCCACUCACGAGGAAGGAUGCGGGGAGUCAGCAGAUCGGCUUCCUGUUGGGGAGCUGCGGGGUCACGGUGGCGCUGACCAGCGACGCCUGCCAUAAAGGCCUGCCCAAGGGCCCCACUGGGGAAAUCCCGCAGUUCAAAGGAUGGCCUAAGCUGCUGUGGUUCGUCACCGAGUCCAAACACCUGUCCAAGCCCCCGCGAGACUGGUUCCCCCACAUCAAGGACGCCAACAACGACACGGCCUACAUCGAGUAUAAGACCUGUAAGGAUGGGAGUGUUCUGGGUGUGACGGUAAUGAGGAUCGCCAUGCUCACACACUGCCAAGCCCUCACACAGUCCUGUGGAUACACGGAAGCGGAGACCAUAGUGAAUGUAUUAGACUUCAAGAAGGACGUGGGACUCUGGCACGGCAUCCUCACAAGUGUCAUGAACAUGAUGCAUGUCAUCAGCAUCCCCUACUCCCUGAUGAAGGUUAACCCUCUCUCCUGGAUCCAGAAAGUGUGCCAAUACAAAGCUAAAGUGGCAUGUGUAAAGUCCAGGGAUAUGCACUGGGCCCUGGUGGCUCAUCGGGACCAGAGGGACAUCAACCUGACCUCUCUACGGAUGCUGGUGGUGGCUGAUGGCUCCAACCCAUGGUCCAUCUCGUCCUGUGAUGCGUUCCUCAACGUCUUCCAGAGCAAAGGACUGCGUCCGGAGGUCAUCUGCCCCUGUGCCAGCUCCCCCGAGGCCCUCACCGUAGCCAUCAGGAGGCCCACGGACGACAGCAGCCAGCCCCCAGGCCGAGGGGUCCUGUCCAUGAACGGCCUGAGUCACGGCGUGAUCCGCGUGGACUCGGAGGAGCGCCUGUCCGUCCUCACCGUGCAGGAUGUGGGCACGGUGAUGCCAGGAGCUAUGAUGUGUGUGGUUAAGCCAGAGGGGGUUCCUCAGCUGUGUCGGACGGACGAGAUCGGAGAGAUUUGCGUGUGCUCCAUCGCCACGGGAACCUCCUACUAUGGCCUCUCUGGCAUGACGAAGAAUCAGUUUGAGGUGUUCCCCAUGACUGGUGCGGGUGCGCCCGUCAGUGAGUACCCUUUCACCCGCACGGGCCUGCUGGGCUUCAUAGGCCCUGGCGGCCUGGUCUUCAUCGCCGGCAAGAUGGACGGCCUGAUGGUGGUGAGCGGACGGCGGCACAACGCGGACGACAUCGUGGCCACGGCGCUGGCGGUGGAGCCCAUGAAGUUCGUCUACAGGGGCAGGAUAGCGGUGUUCUCGGUGACAGUUCUGCACGAUGAGAGGAUCGUGGUGGUGGCGGAACAGAGGCCAGACUCCACGGAGGAGGACAGCUUCCAGUGGAUGAGCCGCGUGCUGCAGGCCAUAGACAGCAUCCACGGCGUGGGGGUGUUCUGCCUGGCCCUGGUGCCCGCCAACACGCUGCCCAAGACGCCGCUGGGGGGCAUCCACCUGUCCGAGACCAAGCAGCUCUUCCUGGAGGGCUCUCUGCACCCCUGCAACGUGCUCAUGUGCCCCCACACCUGCGUCACCAACCUCCCCAAGCCCCGACAGAAACAGCCAGAGAUCGGACCCGCCUCUGUGAUGGUGGGCAACUUGGUGUCGGGAAAGCGCAUCGCCCAGGCCAGCGGCCGAGACCUGGGCCAGAUCGAGGACAAUGAUCAGGCAAGGAAGUUCCUCUUCCUGUCGGAGGUGUUGCAGUGGAGAGCACAGACCACUCCCGAUCACGUCCUCUUCACUCUGCUCAGCUCCAGGGGGGCGAUCUUGAGCUCGCUGACGUGUGUGCAGCUGCACAAGCGGGCAGAAAAGAUCGCGGCCAUGCUGAUGGAGCGAGGACACCUGCAGGACGGAGAUCACGUGGCGCUGGUCUACCCGCCUGGCAUUGACCUGAUCGCGGCCUUCUACGGGUGCCUGUAUGCCGGCUGCGUGCCCAUCACGGUCAGACCCCCGCACCCCCAGAACAUCGCCACCACCCUGCCCACUGUGAAGAUGAUUGUGGAGGUGAGCCGGUCGUCCUGUGUGAUGACCUCACAGGUGAUUUCCAAGUUGCUGAAGUCUAAAGAAGCGUCUGCUGCGGUGGACGUCAGGACGUGGCCUCCUGUCCUAGACACAGACGAUCUGCCAAAGAAGAAGCCCCCUCAACUGUACAAGCCCUCCAAUCCGGACACGCUGGCCUACCUGGACUUCAGUGUGUCCACCACGGGGAUGCUAGCGGGAGUAAAGAUGUCUCACAGUGCCACCAGUGCCUUCUGCCGCUCAAUCAAGCUCCAGUGUGAGCUCUACCCGUCGCGAGAGGUGGCCAUCUGCCUGGACCCCUACUGCGGCCUGGGCUUCGUCCUCUGGUGCCUCUGCAGCGUGUACUCAGGGCACCAGUCCAUCCUGAUCCCCCCCUCGGAGCUGGAGGUGAACCCCGCCCUGUGGCUCCUGGCCGUCAGUCAGUUCCGCGUCAGGGACACCUUCUGCUCCUACUCCGUCAUGGAGCUCUGCACCAAGGGCCUGGGCCUACAGACCGAAUCCCUUAAGGCGCGUGGUCUGGACCUGUCGCGGGUGCGGACCUGUGUGGUGGUGGCGGAGGAGCGGCCCAGGAUAGCGCUCACCCAGUCCUUCUCCAAGCUCUUCAAGGACCUGGGCCUCCACCCCCGCGCCGUCAGCACCUCCUUCGGGUGCCGGGUCAAUCUGGCCAUCUGUCUGCAGCCUCACGGGCUGGGGAAGCUUGCUGAUCAGGGCACCUCGGGACCGGACCCGACUACAGUGUUCGUGGACAUGCGAGCCCUGCGACACGACAGAGUUCGACUCGUUGAGAGGGGUUCACCUCAUAGCUUACCACUCAUGGAGUCUGGAAAGAUUCUGCCUGGUGUUCGGAUCAUCAUUGCCAAUCCUGAGACCAAGGGGCCUUUGGGUGACUCACACCUGGGGGAGAUCUGGGUGCACAGCGCCCACAACGGCAGCGGCUACUUCACCGUGUACGGGGACGAGGCGCUGCAGUCGGACCACUUCACCUCGCGGCUCAGCUUCGGGGACACCGCGACGGUGUGGGCGCGCACCGGUUACCUGGGCUUCCUGCGGCGGACUGAGCUCACAGACGCCAGCGGAGAGAGACACGACGCCCUGUAUGUGGUCGGGGCGCUGGACGAGGCCAUGGAGCUCAGGGGGAUGAGGUACCACCCCAUUGACAUCGAGACAUCCGUCAUACGCACUCACAAGAGCAUCACAGAAUGUGCGGUGUUUCCCUGGACCAACCUGUUGGUGGUGGUGGUGGAGCUGGAGGGGUCGGAGCAGGAGGCCCUGGACCUGGUGCCACUGGUGACCCACGCGGUGCUGGAGGAGCACUACCUGAUCGUGGGCGUGGUGGUGGUGGUGGACAUCGGCGUCAUCCCCAUCAACUCGCGCGGCGAGAAGCAGCGCAUGCACCUGCGGGACGGCUUCCUGGCCGACCAACUGGACCCCAUCUAUGUGGCCUAUAACAUGUAGCUUGUGUAUGGAAGUGUGUGUGUGUGUGUGUAGGUGUGUGUGUAGGUGUGUGUGUGUGUGUGUGUGUGUGUGUGUGUGUGUGUGUGUGUAAUGAAUGAGUAUAGGUGUGUGUUUGUUUAUUUUUUAUUUACGCAAGACUGCAAAUGACUGGGUCUUCUUCAGAGGAGAGAGAGAAAGAGAGGAGGCCUGUCAAAGAGACACGGCGGGGAACACGGCAUCGCUGGCAGUGUUGAGCAUUCAGAGGAGACCAGGCACAGGGUUAGGAUAGGAACUGCAUGGCUUUGAAAAAAAAAUAAUGAAAGAAAAGGAGGCUGCUCGUGUUUUCUUCUCCAUGGUGGAAGAAGAACCCUCUCCCGCAAACCCUAUUGUAAAACACGCUUUUUUUAUUUGCUUGUUUUGAAUAUUGCAUUUUAUUUUUUGGAGAAAAAAAACAACAAACUCAGUGUGUGUGUGUGUGUGUGUGUGUGUGUGUGUGUGUGUGUGGCUGUUUCAUGUAAUGUAACUGCUGGCAUUCGCUCAUUUUUAGUCAAUGGCGAAGGGUAUUUUUUGAAAAGAAAAAAAGAGAUAUAUAUGUAUAUCGACAUACCGUGGCAAACUGUGUAAUUUUAUGUUUGGUAGUUUUAUUUGGAGUAGCGUGUUGAAAGUAUACACGUAACAAAGCAAAACUUACCCAUUUGGUUCUUUCAUUUAAAAGAGAAGAGAGGUACGGGAAAAAAAAGGAUUUGUAUGUAUGUUGGAACCGUCCAUCUGCUAAAUUUGACGUUCUGAUCUUUGAUCUUUGUAAAUGUUCUUGUCCCUCCCCCAAUAACUGGCUGGGGUGUGAAAGACCCCUAGCGUUUUGGAUUCCUUCAUGUUUAAUAUCAUUGUACAAAGCUUAGGGUAAACACAAAGUCCAGUUGAUAUAGUGUAAGUAUGUACAGAGAAUAGUUCUUAUUUAUUUUGUUCUUUUUAGAAGUGUGUGAGAGAAGACAAUUGAAAAUGUUUUCCUCAUUAAAUAUUGCUAAUAUAAAAAAAAACAAAGCAUUGUAUCAUCUUGAGUGAGUAGUAUCACAUCAAGUAUAUGUAAAAAUAUAAAUAUAUAUACAAAUCUAUAUAAAUAUAUAUAAAAAUAAGACCUAGGAAUCACCAAUGAAAAGUUUCAAAUGCAGUACUUCCCACUUGCAUGGUGUGUCACAGGCAAAAGUGAGUUUUGAGAGUUACACACAGACACGAAUAUCGAUUUGAUCCCAUUUACAAUGAACACAGAGAAACCAGAUGUUCUUGGAAAGUAUGACGAAUGCAGACAGGAAAUAUGUGUCGCUGGGGUCAGAAAAUAUAUAUAUAUAUAUAAAUAUAUAUAUAUAUAUGUGUGUGUGUGUGUUUCUUUUAGAUGAAAAGGUUUAUCAUGCCCUUAUCGAGUGAUAAAGAAUCUUUAACAAUGUGCCUGGAAUUUUGUUUACGCUCUGCUUUCCAUAAUUCAGAUUUGCAUCACAACCUCAUAUACUGUGAGUUGCUGAUUUGUAUUUUUUAUUUUUUUUUGUUCUAUCAUUUAUUUGACUUUGCCGUCCAUCUCAUUUCAUGUAUAUUCUUUUUUCACGAAUUUUAACUAUUUAUUUUUACCCUUUUGUUUGUUGAAUGCUUCAUUAACUUCUGUUAACAGAAUAUCAUUGGGGGGAAAAGAACAGUUGAACUGAUGAUUAUCAUCUUUUAAAAAUGUCAUAAUUAUGUGAGUACUGUAAUUCUAGCUACAUCCAAGAUACAACAGCUCAAAGAUAUUGAUGACACAGAUCUGUCUCCAAAAUCACUGUGCUAAUCAAGGCGAUAUGUGGCAUGUGAACUUUUUGUCUGAUGUCAUUGUAGUCACAUGGUCCAUUUUCACCAACGAUGAUGUGGAAAUAUCUUACUGGUCAAAGGCUCUCCAGAUCUCUCACUGAUGGGGUUUUCUGACCGUAAGCUUCAGAAGAGAGGAGCCCAAAAUAUCUGAAUGAACCACUCUUUACAGAAGGCAGUUCUCCCAAAGACGAGUAGUAGGCUACUCCAUAAGACUAUAAGAGAAAGAACAGUGGCAAAACUAGUGUUUACGUAUGUGUAACUACAUCAGUUUCAUGGUUGUUUUUUUUUGCCUGUUUGUUUCAUUACGUUUUUAAGUAGCCAACAUCAGUCAUGGGAAUAAUGAAUUGCAGACACCUGGUACUCAUUACAUCUGGUCAGCCUCCCAUAAAGCAGGUUCUGUUCGUUCUGUGAUAUGGAGACGAUUCACAUGGUGGUAUUGAUUAUUGGGAUCUUGCUGCAGUCAGUGACAUUUGACAUUGGGAUGGGCUAAAUUAUAAACAAAAAAUAUCAAAACCCUGUUUCCUAUUUUUUCCCCUUUUUGUAGUGUGAUGGAGUGUGGGACCUGGACUUACACCUAACCAUAAGGUGGAAAUGCAACCAAUGUUUUGUUUCAUUCUGUUGAAAAAGACAACAAACGAAAGUCUUAACAAAUGUGUUUGAUAGCAUCAGUGUUGUCAUUCCCAUACAAAAAAAAAAAAAAAUACAGAAAUGUUUUCCCGUUUUUGAAAAAAAAAAAAGGUGCACAUCAUUUUCGACCUGUGACGUUAUUUCCUUCUUUGGUUGGAAAUCUAGACUUACUACGUGAGAGAGUCUGCAUGGUGUCUGUAAAUAUUGUUGGUUACAUUUAAAAAAAAAAAAAAGCUUAAGAAAAAAAAAAAGAACAAGAUUUAUUUUGUAUGGUGCAGGUGUGUUUUAAAUUCUGUUUUGUACACAUAAAAAAGUAUUCAAUGACACUUUUAUAGGAGCCUGCUUCGGCCAACCUUCACAAGAUAUGGUGCAAUAAAGUGCUUUGAUUGGUAAAAA